AGAAAAAGAAAAAGAUAACUAAGAGAAGCGGGUGUAAAAUGACUUAGGGAAAACUGAAGGGUAAAUUGAUGAUAGUUAUGGAAAUUGAUGUCUUAUUUUAACUUCCCAUGUGAAAGUCAUCGGUUGUUGUGCUUGAAUAUUGCAGAUCCCUCAUCUCCAUUACUUAGAUCUUAGCUACUGUCUACCCAAAACCCACAACUGUUUUCUCCUCUAUUUUCCCAUCUUAGCUGCCUUCAAUCCACAGAAUAAACCCUUUCCAAUACUUCACUCUUCGUCUUUUGCUCCCCUCUCAUCAUCUUCUGCUCCGCAUUAGCUUGGUGUUUGUAACAACAGUUUCCUUAUUAUUAUUUGAAUCUGUUCCCCUCUUCUAUUCUAUCACUUACACUUUUUGCUUGACUUUUGAAUCUACCUUUCCCCAGAAAAACAUGGAAGUCAUUACGGGCACCGCUAGCAACCUUGUUCCCGGAGUUGUGGGAUACGUGUUCCAAAAAAUUAGACGUAAUUUCAGCUAUGUUUACCGCUAUAGAAGAAUGGUUUCGGGUUUCGAGAAGAAAGUCGAGACGUUGAAAGACAAAAGAGACAGAGUGCUGCUAGAUGUUGAUGCUGCUCGAAAGAAUGACGAGAAUAUAUACCCCGAAGUCAACAGUUGGCUGGCGAAAGCCGACAAAAUGAUCGAUUUAGAGUUGAAGGAAGUGAAGGAUCUUGAAGACGAAGCAAAGAACAAGUGUUUCAUCGGCUUGUGCCCUAAUUUCAAGGCUCGCUAUCAGCUUAGCAAAAAAGCAGAAGAAGAUGCCGGUGCCGUUGAUGAACUCCUCCAGCAAGACGGGCUUGACAUAGUAUCAUAUCGGGAUGUCCCGCAGCCCGUAGUGGUUGUGCCUCCCAAAGAUUUUGAUGACCUUGAUUCAAGAAAAUUGGUGUUUAACAAGAUCAUGGAGGCGGUGAAAGAUCCUAAUCUCAACAUUAUAGGGGUCUACGGAAUGCCCGGUGUCGGCAAGACCACGCUUGUCAAAGAAGUCAGUAGACAAGUCAAAGAAGAUAAGUUAUUCGACUCGGUGGUUAUGGCUGUUGUGACUCAUACUCCUGACAUCAAGAAAAUUCAAGACCAAAUUGCAGAUACGUUGGGACUGACAUUUAAGGAGCAGAGUAUCAGUGGAAGAGCAAGUCGGUUGUGCCAAAGGUUGAAGAAAGAGAAGAAGAUUUUUGUUGUUUUAGAUGACAUUUGGGCAAAGUUAGACCUGAUGGAAGUGGGGAUUCCUUUCGGAGAUGAGCAUCAGGGAUGCACCAUGUUGCUGACGUCCAGAGAUCUUAAUGUUUUGUCCAAGGAUAUGAAUGCUAAAAUGAGGUAUUCAAUCGGGGUUUUAGAACAUGAAGAAGCUUGGGAGUUCUUCAAGAAGAUUGCAGGGGACGGUGUUGAAAGUUCUGACUUGUUACCUAUAGCAACUGAGGUAGCUAAAAAAUGUGGUGGUCUACCAAUCGCCAUAAGAACACUUGCAACGUCUUUGAGAAAUGAACCUCCAUUUGUAUGGGAGGAUGCUUUGCGACAACUAAACCGACCGUCAUCGAGCAACUUCAUAGAAGUAUCGGCAGCUGCAUAUUCAAGUAUAGAGUGGAGUUAUGAUCGUUUACAAAGUGAGGAGCAUAAACAGAUUUUCUUACUUUGCAGUCUACUGGGUCAUAAUGUUUUCUUUGAAGUGUUGCUUGUGUGUGCAAUGGGGUUAGGGCUAUUUCGUGGUGUCAACACAGUUGAAGAAACACGAAACAGACUGUUGACAGUGGUGAGUCGUCUCAAAGCUUCUUGUUUGUUACUUGAUGGUUAUAACAAUCUACAUGUUGAUAUGCAUGAUCUUAUAUGCGAUGUAGCCAUGUCAAUUGCUGCCAACCACGUGUUUGUUUUAAGAGACGAAGAUGUUUUGAAUGAUUGGCCAGAUGACGAAGCGAUGAAAGAGUUUGACAAAAUACUUUUGGACUGUCCUAGUAUCAACAAGCUUCCUGAUCAGUUGAAAUGCCCCAAACUUACUUUUUUAGGUAUGGGUAGCAAGGAUCCUUUGAUGGAAAUACCAGAAAACUUUUUUAAGGAAAUGAAAAAUCUCCAAGUCCUAAUUUUGUCUGACAUGAAUUUAUCGUCCUUGCCCUCAUCAAUUUCCUUGCUACCAAACCUUCGAACAUUAGGCUUGGUUGAAUGUGCGUUGGGAGACAUUGCCCUUAUCGGAGAGCUCAAGAAUCUGGAAAUUCUUAGCUUUGACGGUUCUGAUAUUGAAAUGCUACCGGAGGAAAUAGGACAACUGAAUAAGCUAAAGUGGUUAGAUUUAACUAAUUGUUCCAAACUCAAAAGAAUUCCACCUGGUGUCUUCUGCAAAUUGUCUAGAUUGGAGGAACUGUAUGUGGAUGACAGUUUUGUUGGAUGGGGAGUAGAGGGAAACUUCAGUCAGGAAAGCAAUUGUAGUGUUGCUGAGUUAAAUGCUCUGUCAUGUUUAACUACUUUAGAAAUUCAUUUCCCUAAUGCCAAGAUUAUUCCCAAAGGCUUCUCCUUUGAAAAGUUGCGAAGAUACAUUAUUUUCAUCGGAGAAGGAUCGGAUUGGGAUUGGGAUUGGGGUUGGGUUCGUGAAUACUCCAGAACACUAAAGCUUAGCCUACAGACAAGCAUUAGGUUUCUUAAUAAUGGAGUCAAAGUUUUAUUGAAGAAAGCUGAAAAUUUAUAUAUAGAUGAAGUGAAAGGUGUGGAGAUUUUGCUACAUGAAUCAGAAGUUGGGGAUUAUUUUCAACAGUUGAAGAAUCUGCAUAUCCAGAAUGGUGCAAUGAUUCAAUAUAUCCUUAAAGAAAAUGGCGAUGAUCACAAAAUUGAAUUUCAACUAGAGACUUUGACGCUCCAGGACCUACCAAAGCUCAUUAGCUUUUGCUCUGAAAAUGAAGGUUCCACUUCCAUAUCUCCACAGGGAACAACCCUUUUUAACCAAAAGACACUGUUUCCAAAGUUGAAGGAUUUGGUACUACGCUCAAUUAGCAGUGAAAGAAUAUGGCAUCCCCAAGCGUUUUGUUCGACUCGAAAUUUGACAAAACUGAUUAUUAAGGGUUGCACCAACUUAAAAUACGUCUUAUCCGACUCCAUGGUUGAAUAUCUCCAACAGCUCGAAUACUUGGAAAUAAGUGAAUGCAAGUGCAUACAGGAGAUAACAUCAAAAGAGAAUAAAAUCAAAGAAGCAUUCAGAAAUAUGUAUCUAAUCUGCUUCCCUCGAUUAAAAACCCUCAAAUUAAAAGGACUUCAAAAAAUCGUCGGAUUUUGCCAUGAAGAUUAUAAUGUUGAAUUCCCAACCUUGAAGAUUCUUGAGAUAGAAAGCUGUCCAAAAUUGCAGGGAUUCAUCCACAAUUCUAAGAGUAAAGAAAUCCCUAUAGAUGCAGUCUUUUUCAACAAUAAGGUUGAUUUUCCUAACUUGGAGAAAAUCACAAUCUCCCAUUUGAGGAACGCAAAGAGGAUAUGGCACAACAAACUUCAAAAGAAUUCCUUUUCUAUGCUAAAAGAGUUGACUGUUAAGGAAUGUGAUGUGUUGUUGAACAUCUUUCCACCUUUUCUUUUGGGGGUUUUCCAAAGAUUGGAGAAACUAAUAGUGAUUGAUUGUGCUUCACUAGAAGAAGUGUUUCAAUUCCAAGUGCAAGGGUUAGAUACUGAAGAAACGGAUGUGGUAGCCAGUCAACUAAGAGAAGUGAAUCUCUUUCGCCUACCAAGCUUGAAGCAUGUUUGGACCAAGUAUCACAAAGGAAAUAUUUCAUUUGAAAGCCUACGACAAGUAUGCAUUCGGGAAUGUUGGAGCUUGAAAACUUUGUUUCCAUAUUCAAUUGCCAAAGGUCUUCAGCGACUUGAAGGACUUACUAUUAGUAGGUGUGGGGUGGAGGAGAUUGUUUCAAAGAAUGAUGAAGGAUCAGACAAACAGGAAAUUUGGUUUGCAUUUAAUCAGUUGUCCUUCCUUAUGCUUUGGCAUCUACCAUACCUAACAUGUGUCUACCCAGGAAUACAUAGAACAACAUGGUCUGCAUUAAAGAAAUUGACUUUUUCUGGGUGUAGGAGGAUAAAGAUAUUUGGGCAUGAAGAAUCCCAAAUCCAAAAUUCACUUUUCCUUAUUGAAAAGGUUAUCCCCCAAUUGGAGGAGGUUUCAUUUACUGGCGAUUGUAUUAAGAUGAUAAGUGAUGGCCAGUAUGAGUCCGACUUAUUUUGCAAUAUAAAAUUUCUUCGGAUUUCUUCCUAUUCUGAUGUAUCAGUUGUUUUCCUCAUUUCUUUUCUUAGAAGGUUUUACAAUUUGGAACGUCUUGAGCUAGGUUCUUGCAGUUUCAAAGAGCUAGCUUCUUUCGAAAAUGAUGCAUGUGAAGAUCAAGACAUGAUCAUCACGAUUCCAAAAGUCAAGAAGUUGAGAUUGGAUUUGGUUAACAACAUAAGACAUCUAUGGAAGCAAGACUCCCCGCUUGGCCAUAUUUGUGCCAGUCUCGAAUGUCUUGAACUUUGGAAUUGUGGCAAUUUGAUUAAUGCGGGAUUAGAUCUUUCAUUUUCUGAAAAUCUUACAACUUUAGAUGUCUUCAAAUGCCAUGAGAUGUUAGAGCUGAUAACAUCUUCCAAAGCCCGAAGUAUGACGUGCCUUGUUACAAUGAGGAUAAGAGAAUGUGAAAGGAUGAGAGAAGUAGUUGCAAGCGAUGGGGAUGAAACAUCAUAUGAGAUUGUUUUCAGAGCGCUGAAAUGUUUGGAGCUUCAUUGUUUACAAAGCCUCACGAGCUUUUGUUCAAGGAAAUUCGCUUUAAGGUUUCCUUCCUUGGAACAAGUUACUUUGAGCCAGUGCCCUCGAAUGAAGAACUUCAGUCAAGGAGUGCUAACAACACCAAAGCUGCAAAAAGUGCAGUUAACACAAACAGAUUUUACAGGACGUUGGGCUGGUGACUUUAAUGCCACUGUGGAGCAAUUAUACCAAGAGCAGGUUGGAUACCGUGGUCUAAAGCAUUUGAAGUUCUCAGAGUUUCCGGAGCUGGUGAACAUAUGGAGUAGAAAUCCUCAAGAAAUGUUGGAUUUUACAACUCUUGAAUUUCUGGAGUUUUGUGAUUCCAACAAUUUGAGAUACAUUUUUAACUUCUCAAUGGCCUUUGGCCUGGGGCAACUCCGACAAAUGGAAAUCAAGAGAUGCGGUAAUUUGGAACAAGUCAUCAAAGAAGAGGGUCCAAUUACAAUGGUUGAGGAAGCAAUACCAGAUAGUAGCAAUAUUAUUAGCAUAUUCCCUCGUUUACGAUCCAUUAUAGUGGAGUCUUGUCCAGAUAUGACAAGCUUUUACAUGGGAAGUAAAGGUCUGGAAUGUCCUUGCUUGGUUGAAAUUCAGGUAGCUGACUGUUCAAACAUGACUACUUUUGUUAGCACGUUUUCAAGAGAUGAAGAUAAAGAAGUGAUAAUUGGUGACGAAGUUGAUAAGGUUGCUACAUUAUUCUCUGACAAGGUUGUUUUUCCCAAGUUGGAGAAACUCACAAUCUCCCAUUUGAGGAAUGUGAAGAGGAUGUGGUAUAAGCAGCUUUGUUCAAAAUCAUUUUCUAAUUUGAAAGAGUUGGAAGUGAAGCAUUGUGAUUCAUUGUUGAACAUUUUCCCGCAUUUUUUCCUUGGAGUUUUCCAAAGGUUGGAGAUAUUAAGAGUAACUGAUUGUGCUUCACUAGAAGAAGUGUUUCAACUCCAACUCCAAAUCCAAAUGUUAGAUAUUGAAGAAGCAUGCAUCGUGACCAGUAAAUUAAGACAAGUGGGACUCUUUCGCUUGCCAAAGUUGAAGCAUGUGUGGAACAAGGAUCCCAAUGAAAAUAUUUCUUUUGAAAAUCUUCGAGAAGUACAUGUCCAAGAGUGUUGGAGUUUGAAAACUCUGUUUCCAAUUUCAAUGGCCAAAGAUUUUCAGCAACUUGAGAGCCUUAUUGUGGAUAGUUGUGGGGUGGAGGAGAUUGUUUCAAAAAGUUUUGAAGAAUCAGACCAACAUGAAAUGUUGUUUGAAUUUAAUCAGUUAUCCUUCCUUGCACUUUGGACCUUACCAAACCUCGUAUGUUUCUAUCCAGGAAUGCACAACAUAACGUGUCCUAUGUUAAAAAGGUUGACGACAUCUUGGCCAACGAAGACUAAGAUGUUUGGGAAUGUAGUGUCACAACUGUUGCCCGUUGGAAAGAUAAUCCCUCAACUGGAACACAUUUCUCUUACUGCUGACGACAUUGCAAUGAUCACCGAUGGCCAGUUUGCGAUUGACUUAUUUUCCCAUAUUAAAGUUCUUCAAAUCACUGAAUACAUCAAAGAUUCAGUAGUUGUUCCGUUCCAUUUCUUCCGAAGAUUUUCCAAUUUACAAAAGCUUAAAAUGGUUGGUUGCAAUUUUAAAGAGUUUUCUCCCUAUGAAGGUGAUGUUGGUGAGGAGAGAGACGUGGUAACGAUGCUCCCAAGAAUUAAGAAGUUAACAUUGCAAGGUGUUGAUAAUAUGGCACAUCUAUGGAAGCAAGGCUCUCCCUUCCAUCACAUUUGUGCAAAUCUUGAAACUCUUAAAGUUUCCGAGUGUGACAGCGUAAUUAGUUUAUCAUGUGCUUCUUCAUCUUUCCAAAAUCUUACAACUUUGGAUGUUUGGAACUGCAAAGAGAUGGUAGAGCUAAUUACAUCUUCGAAAGCCCAAUGUUUGGAGCAGCUUGUUACACUGAAGAUAGGAGGAUGUGAAAUGAUGAGAGAAGUAAUUGCAAGUGAUGGAGAUGAAGCAACACAUCAUGAGAUUAUUUUCAAGGAGUUGAAAUAUUUGGAGCUUUAUGAUCUACAAAACCUCAAAAGCUUUUGUUCAGGGAAUUACACUUUGAAGUUCCCAUCAUUGGAUGAAGUAGACGUGAGCUUCUGUCCCGCAAUGGAAAAUUUUUGCAAUGGAGCUUUAAGCACACCAAAGCUACAAGAGGUUGAAACAGAAAGGGGUGUUAGGAGAUGUUGGGACCUUAAUGCUACCAUUGAGCAGUUGAACAAAGAAGAAUGUGAGCCGUUUGAAGAAACGGACGAAGAUAGCCUAUAACUGCACGAAGCUGGAUGAUGUAAUUCGUUGAAUAAUUGAAGUGAGAUGAUGAUUUCGAAAUGAAAAGCCAAAAGGUGAGGUAUUUUAGUGAGGUUCUUAAAUGGCAAUUUCUUGUGUGCAAGUACUGAAUCUUGACUUUGGAGACUUGAUGGUUUUAUAUUCUUGGGAUUGUAAUUCAAGCAUUCUUUGUGUUUUCAGACAAAUUGAUCUCUUUUAACAGGAGACUUUUUUCCUCACAUAUAAAAUAUAUUAGCCUGCUUUUUUAUCCAUAA